CUCUCUAGAGUGAAUUACUGAAAUGCAAACAAAGUGAUGACAAUCACGUGACAUUUCUCUUUUAAUUUUUGCCUCGAACCACGCGCUCAUUUCUUCAUCUCUCUUCUCCUGUGUGUCAGCCUUUUGAUUCUUCAUUCUACAUUUAGCUCUUGCUUCAUUUUCAAAUUUUUCAAUUGAAUUCAAUUUUCUCCCUAAAAGAUUAUUUUUUAAAGGAGAAAAAACCCCUUUUAGCAGGGGUCUUCAUCUCCUUUCACUCCCUCAGAUCUGUUGCUGUGAAAUGGGGUUUAUAUCCAGGAAAUUAUUUCCAGCAUGUGGAAGCAUGUGUGUAUGUUGUCCUGCUCUAAGGUCCAGGUCCAGGCAACCUGUUAAGCGCUACAAAAAGUUGAUUGCUGAUAUAUUCCCCAAGUCUCCUGAUGGCCAGCCAAACGAACGGAAGCUUGUAAAGUUGUGUGAGUAUGCUGCUAAGAAUCCUAUUCGUAUCCCUAAGAUUACAAAACAACUUGAAGAGAAAUUCUUCAGAGAAUUGCGAUAUGGACACCUGAAGACUGUUGGCAUUGUUAUGGAAGCUUAUAAAAAGUUGCUCUGCAUGUGUGGGAAACAAAUGGCAUACUUUGCAGCAAGUCUGUUGCUUCUUAGUGAUGAGGUUUUGGAUCGCUCAAAGGAAGUUGAUGUACAGGUAGCUGGAUGCCAAACUUUAACUCGAUUUAUCUACAGUCAGACUGAUGGCACUUAUGCCCGCAAUAUCGCAACUUUUGUUAGCAAAGUGUGCAUUUUAGCUCGGGAGUCCGGGGUUGAGCAUCAAAAACAUUCUUUGAGAGCCUCGUGCCUACAGUGCCUUUCAGCUAUGAUAUGGUACAUGGCUGAGUUUUCCAACAUUUUUCACAAUAUAGAUGAGAUUGUGCAAGUCAUAUUGGACAACUAUGAGGGAAAUGUACACAAUGAGGAAAGGGAAGAACCACGUCAUCAGUGGGUGGAUGAGGUUGUUAGAUGUGCUGGAGGAGGUUGUGCUGUUGCUGGAGUUGCAAGUCCUUGCUGUACUGCUGUUAGGCCUCCUCCAGACAGGAAAAACAUUGCCUCUUUGACAAAAGAGGAGAUAGAGAAUCCAAGAGUGUGGGCUCAAGUUGGUCUCCAACGAUUGGCUGAUCUUGCAAGAGAGAGCUCCACGAUGCGUCAGGUUCUAGAGCCAAUGUUUAUAUAUUUUGAUGCGGGGCGUCAUUGGUCUACUCAGCAGGGUUUAGCUGUCACAAUUCUUUGUGAUAUGUGCUAUUUCAUGGAAGUUCCAGAAAAUCAGCAAGUAAUUUUAAAUGGCAUAAUACGUCAUAUGGACCACAAAAAUGUUGCACAUGAUCCACUAGUCAAGUCUUGCGUGGUCCAAGCUGCUGCGAAUGUGGCACGGCAGAUUAGGUCUGUUGCAACACUUUCUGAUAUUGGAUUUGUUGGUGACUUGUUGAGACACUUGAGGAAGAGUCUGCAAUCAAUUGCUGGUCCUGUUCGAGAGGAAGAGAUCAACUUGAAUAUCCACCUACAAAAUUCAAUUGAAUCUUGCCUUCUUGAAAUUGCAAAGGGGAUUAAAGAUGCAGAUUCAUUAUUUUAUCUUAUGGUGAUAGCAUUGGAGAAGUUGCCUCCUGUUGGAGUUGUUGCCCGGGCAACCAUGGGCUCAGUUUUAAUUCUUGCUCAUGUGUCAGUGGCUGUCCAUUCCCAUUUGCAGCUGGCCUUCCCAGAAGCGCUUCUGAUUCAAAUUUUGAAAGCUAUGCUGCACACGGAUACAGAAGCACGUGUUGUUGCUCAUCAGAUCUUUUCUGUUCUCUUAUUUCCAAGCUCUUGGAGAUCUUAUGAAACAAGGAGAUGGCAGUCCAACAGGAGAUCCGCAUUAGCAUCAGUCACAGAUUUACUUGAUAAGCUUCGGAAAGAAAAGGAUUUUACCGGAGAAAAGACUGUAGAUGGUGGCUUAGAUGAGGGUAAGGGUAGAGAAGUCCCGGAGGAUGAGUUUAAACAGGGAUGGAGAUGGAGUUCCCCUAACUUCUAUAAAUUAAGCUCUAUUAUUGACCGGACAGCCGGAACAAUCAGCAUUCCUGAGGAAACUUGUAUAAUGAAGCUGAGUGAAGAUCAGAUUUUGCAACUGCUUUCUGGCUUUUGGAUACAGGCCAAUCUUUCAGAUAAUUUACCAUCAAACUUUGAAGCAAUAGCUCAUUCUUAUUGCUUGAUGCUGAUAUCCUCGCACAUUAAGGACACAAAUCACAGCGUUGUUGUGCGCUUUUUCCAGCUGCCCUUGUCCCUAAGAAAUGUAUCAUUGCGUGGUGACAGCGGGAUGAUACCGUUUGCUUGCCGGAGAUCAAUGUUUAUAACAUCAACUGCUAUGCUAAUGUUUGCUGCCAGAAUGUAUGAGAUGCUUGAGUUGAAUGAUCUGCUUAAGUCCCAAGUUCCAUCUGAUGUUGAUCCCUUUUUGGGCAUCAAUGAGGACCUUCUGGUGUAUGUCAAACCUCAAGUCGACAUUGGACAAUAUGGUUCAGCGAUUGAUAACCAAGCAGCCAUUUCAUUCCUCUCUGAAUUACGAGAAAAGAAUCUUGAUCAUGAGAAGAUUACGCUGGACAUCAUAGUGCGAUAUCUUUGCUGUAUAAUAAAGAUAGAGGAAGAAGAGCUACUUAAUCAACUAUCUACCAUGUUCACACCUGACGAGGCUUUCAUCUUCGCCCCAAAAGAACUAAGAGAAUUGGAUCACACUCAGAUCAUUCGUCACCUGAAUGAUUCCCCUUCUCUGGAUGGUGAAUUAUCGAUAAGUUCAGUUGUUGAAGAUGAUGUGACAAGUUCUAUGUCUGUUUUGAAUAUUUCUGGUCAAAGAGUGCCACAUUCCCGUUCAGAUUCUCAUAUUAUGAGCAUUGGACAACUGUUAGAAUCGGCUCUUGAAGUGGCUGGACAAGUUUUUGGGACAUCUGUAUCGGCGUCUCCUCUAUCAUACAGUACCAUGGCUGGUCAAUGUGAAGCUCUUGAGGCGGGCACUAGGAAGAAGCUCUCCAAUUGGUUGGCCCAUGAUAAUUCCUCUUCUGGCGAUGUUUCUCUUCCGUCUGAUGGACCAACAGUAGUUGACCCGGUUUCGCCUCGUACAAAUGGUGCACAUGGAGAAAUGGGAUCUCAUGAGCAGUUAAGUUCUUUGAGAUUGCCUCCUGCCAGCCCUUUCGACAACUUCCUCCACGCAGUUUCGGGUCCAAGACCGAUGUUAGCUGGACUAUCCCCCUGAAGGAGUUGGAAACUAAAAUUGUAGGCACUGAAGUGUAGUGAGCUAGGUAUUAGUGUGUACCGAGGAGUAGUUUUCUGGCUGAUCUCUGUUAACUAAGUAGGUGUAGGAGGUAACUACUUGCACAGCUAUGUAGCUUAAGAAUAUGAGGAUGCAGGUUCCCUGCCUUGUAAUCUAAUCUAAUUGAUGUCGUAGUGCCUUCUGAUUGUUCUUUGCUCAUAGUUAAGUCUUCUAACAGUUGUGUGAUUGCUCUAGUAAAGUUAAUGGCUGUCUGUUGAAAGUGGUUUAUAUUUUGAGCAGUAUGAUUUUCUCGAUGAAA